AUGAUACAAAAUCGCUCGAUAUUGUAUGAAUUCUUACGUUUACAAAAAAAGUCACAAAACCCAUCAUAUCCUACUACUGAUGAUUCAACCUGGCAAAAUGUAAGAAUUCCACACGACUGGGCAAUUGAAGGUUCAUUCGAUCAUAACAACGAUAUGCAAGACCUUUUAAUUGAAGCAAAUUUAGAAGUAGAACAUUCAAUGAAAACAGGAAGAACUGGAGGAUUACCAUAUAUUGGAGUUGGCUGGUAUAGAACUAACUUCAAAUGCGAUGUUUCGAAGAAUACAACUCUUUUAUUUGAUGGAGCAAUGAGCGAUGCUCACGUUUACUUGAACGGCGAGUUAGUUUGCAACUGGCCGUAUGGGUAUAACACAUUUUACUGCGAUAUUACUAAUCAUAUCAAUAAAGAUGGUUCAAAUAAUUUAUUAGCCGUGAGAUUAGAGAAUCUUGAGCAGUCAUCACGUUGGUAUCCAGGAGCAGGUCUCUACCGUAACGUUCACUUGAUCCAAUUCGCGAAUACCCACUUGCAAAUCUGGGGAAAUACAAUUACAACCCCUUCAAUAAAAAGUGACACUUCGGAUGUCACAAUUAAAUCAAAAGUAUACCAUGAAGAGAAAAUACCAACAGCUUCUAUCAAAAUUAUUGAUCCAAAAGGCCAACAAGUUGAAAUAACACCGAAUAUACAAUUUAAAGAUAUUAAUGAAAAUGUCAGAGAAUUUGAAUUCAAUUUCACAAUCCAAAAUCCACAGUUUUGGUCUCCUGAUACUCCCAAUCUCUAUUUAGCGCAGUUAUCAGUUGAAAUAGAUAACGAUGUCGUUGAUUAUUUCGAAGAAAAAUUCGGAAUAAGGAAAAUUGAAUUCAAAUCACGAUCCGGAUUUUAUUUGAAUGAUGUCAACAUGAAAUUCAACGGUGUCUGCAUCCAUCAUGACCUAGGACCACCCGGAUCAGCUGUAAAUAAGAAAGGAUUGCGUCAUGAACUCGAAUUACUCAAAGACAUGGGAACAAAUGUGAUUAGAACAUCGCAUAACAUGCCUGCACCAGAACUCGUUGAAUUGUGUGAUGAAUUAGGAUUGAUGAUGAUGGUUGAGAGCUUUGAUGAAUGGGAUAUUGCUAAAUGCAAAAAUGGAUAUCAUAGAUAUUGGAAAGAUUGGGCUGAGAAAGACAUAAUUAACAUGAUAUAA